AGCACGUUGUGUUGAGAUGAGGUUCUGAAUCAGUGUCAGGUUAUCCUCAUGUAUUCGUCUUCUAUUUUGUGAACUUUCGCUUCUCUCUCUUAAAGAUGAGUGAGGAAAAGAUGACAGAGGUUGUGGACGACGCGUGGUCGUUGAAAAUCCCCGAGUUUAAACCCGAAGACAUGCCUCAGUCACUUUUAGAAGAGAGUUCGUUUUCCACCCUCUUCCCGCAGUACAGGGAACAGUACAUCAAAGAAUGCUGGCCUCUGGUUGUCAAGAUUCUAGACGGCCACUUCAUCAAAGCCCAGCUCGACCUGCGCGAAGGUACGAUGACUGUGAAGACAACGAGGAAAACUUGGGACCCUUACAUCAUCGUCAAAGCGAGGGACAUGAUCAAGCUACUGUCUAGAAGCGUCCCUCUCGAACACGCCCAGAAGGUCCUCCAGGACGAGAUCGGCUGCGACAUCAUCAAAAUAGGUUCGAUGCUGCACAACAAAGAAAAAUUCCUGAAGCGGAGGCAGAGGCUGAUCGGACCAGCAGGGUGCACGCUUAAGUCCACCGAACUGCUCACCAACUGCUACCUGCAGGUCCAAGGGCAGACAGUCGCAGUCAUAGGGCCAUACAAAGGAAUUAUUCAAGUACGACGAUUGGUAGAAGAUACGAUGAAAAACAUCCAUCCAAUUUACAACAUAAAGGCGCUUAUGAUUAAAAGGGAACUUCUGAAAGAUCCAAAGCUCAGGAAUGAGAAUUGGGCCCGGUUCCUUCCCAAGUACACGAACAAAAAGGUCAACAAGAAGAAGCCCAAGAAGAAGCUCAAGAAGAAGGAAUACACGCCAUUCCCGCCUCCUCAGCAGGAACGGGACGUGGACAAGCUGCUCGCUUCAGGCGAAUAUUUCCUCAAAGAGGAACAAAGGGUCAGAAAGCGCAGGCAGGAAGUCCUCAAGAAGCAAGAGGAGGCUGAACUGCAGAGACAAGAGAGGAGGAAACAGCCUUUCAUACCUCCGGUCGAAUCGACGACAGCCCCGUCUACAUCCAAGUCAGAAGAUGUUGACAUCGAAGCACUUAAGAAGAAAAUUAAUAAACAUAAAAAGGAAAAGAAAAUAUAAUUUUGUUUAAUGUAUUAUAAAUCCCUGCUGUGUACGCACAGCUGUACAUAUUAUUUUAUUUGUAAUAAAGAAUUGUUUUAGAAUA